AUGUGCACCACCCUUUUCCUGCUCAGCACCCUGGCCAUGCUGUGGCGCCGCCGAUUUGCCAACCGAGUCCAACCAGAGCCCAGCGAGGUGGAUGGGGCAGCUAGGGGCAGCAGCGUGGACGCGGACCCUCAGUCCUCAGGCAGGCUGGAUGUCUGUUUUCUGCGACUGGGAAUGGGAGCCCGCUCCUCUGGACCAAAGCCGCUGUUUUUCUAUCUCCAGUAA